AUGGCUCGUCUGAUUGUUUUGGUCAACUCCGUGGUCCUGUUGCUUUUUGGCAGCGACAUGUUCUUGGUAGGAGCAAACCGGCCACCAGCUCCUGUCAAUGUGUCUGUCAUGCACCUGCGGGCCGACUCAGCAACCGUGUCCUGGGAGGUUCCAGAGGGAGACAUAAUAAUUGGCUUCUCUAUCUCACAACAGAGGCAGGACGGGCACAUGCAGCGAUUCAUUCGGGAGGUCAACACCACCAGUCGCUCUUGUGUUCUUUGGGACCUGGAGGAGGAGACAGACUACAUCAUCCAGGUUCAGUCCAUUGGCCUCUACGGAGAAAGCCAAGCCAGCAAGAAGGUCCAUUUUCGCACCCUCAAGAAAUCAGACCGCUUUCCCUCCAACAGCUCCAACCAAGAUGACCCCACUGUGCAAGGCCUGGACAAGUCACGGCAUCUACAAACAGGAGAAAUGAUCAUAAUUGUGGUGGUCUUGGUCAUGUGGGCAGCUGUUAUUGCCCUGUUCUGCCGGCAGUAUGACAUCAUCAAGGACAACGACUCCAGCAACAAUAAGGAGAAGGCCAAGCCUUCGUCGGAGAGGAGCACGCCCGAGCAUCACAGUGGGGGUCUGCUGAGGAGCAAGUUUCAUCCUUCAGUGCCAUCGAUCAACAUCAUUGAAGUUUGAGAAGAAGGACGCCAAAUUCAAUUCCUCUUUCUUCAACCAUCAAUGCAUUUUCCACCUUUCUCACUAAUGAGCGGGGAAAAAAAAUAUUGUGAAUCAUUAGUGAAUAAGGUUGGCCAAGACUGUCUUACAAAAGACGCACAUGCAUGCACACAGUAUUUGUAGGGAAACACAACUAUGAACAACAGAUACACACUCAAAACCCUUCCAGCAACCCUAUAAAAAUGUACACAACCCCACACACAGACACACACAA